AUGGCCAUCGAAUCCCCUGCGUGGCUCCGUUUUCUCUCCAACAACACGAAAGAAACAAUCAGGAGCCACGAGGCGCUCACCAAACUGCAGGCACAUGUGCGCAUUGCUGGGAAGGGCACCGCUCAUAGAAAGAAGGAGGCGGGUCACAGAACAGCUACCGCAGAUGAUAAAAUACUUCAGUUCUGGCCCUGGCUGUUCUCCCUAAGGAAGUUAGGGGUAAACGAUCUCUCUGGUACCGAAGAGGUAAAUAUGGUCACAAACCAGGGAACAGCGAUCCACUUUAACAACCCUAAAGUUCAGGCACCCCUGGCAGCAAAUGCUUUCACCUUUAUGGGCAACGCAGAGACAAAACAGCGGACAGAAAUGCUGCCCAGCAUCCUGAACCAGCUCGGCACAGACAGUCUGACUAGUUUAAGGAGACUGGCUGAAGCUCUGCCCAGACCUUCUGCGGAUGGAAAAGCACCACUUGCUACAGGAAAGGGUGAUGGCGAUGAAGCUCCAGAUCUUGUGGAGAAUUUUGAUGAGGCUUCCAAGAAUGAAGGCAACUGA